AUUUUAAUUAAGUUUUUCUUUUAAUUCGACAAUUUAAAUACCUCUCUCUUGUUUCUCUUCCCCCUAAAAAAAAACCAAAACAGAGCCCAUAGAGAAAAAGAAAAAGAAAAAACAAGACGCCUUUGAGAGAAACUUCAUCAUUCUUGAUUUUGUAGUGAAGAUGGAGCAAAAACCGGGAUUCAGAUUUCAACCAACAGACGAGGAACUGAUAAAUUAUUAUCUGAAGAACAAGAUUAUGGGUAACACAUGGCUCGUCGACGACACUAUCUGCGAGAUCAACAUACUAAAUCACCAUCCCUCUUCUUUUUCAUCUUUAUCGAGGAUCAAAUCGAACGAUAGUAUAUACUAUUUCUUUGUCCCCAAGCAGUACAAAACCGAGACGGUGAGGAAGAGAAACACCAAAGAAAAAUAUUGGUAUUGGAAACAUAGUGGCCGGGUCAAGGUAAUCGAAGAUGAGAGUGGAAACAAGAUUGGAGAAAGACAGGGUUUUCUGUACCAAAAAUACGGAGAUCCUAAAACCAAGGGGAAUAAGAGUCGCUGGGUUAUGCAUGAGUAUAAGAUAACUUCUUUGCCUCAUCAUAAUUUGGAUUCCUAUGUUAUCUGCAAAAUAUUUGAUAAGGGUAAAGAGGCAGACAUUCAAAAUGGUAAUAGCUUGAGCGUGGCAAGUCAAUCUCUGGUCUCUGAUUUGAAUACUAUCAGUGUCUCUACUAGCAUACUACCAGAGGUUGAGCAGCCAGGUCAAGAAAGCUUAACUCCUUACCUAGCCCAAGAAGAUGAUGAGUUUCUGCGUGGAUUACCACCUGCUUACCGAGGGACAGCUCAACAUUUUCUUUCCGAUCAAGAAAUGCAGGAGAUGUACAUUGAUUCCAGGCCAAAAGAUUCUGUCAGAGCUAUUAACACAGAGCCUGAGAUUGAGCAGCCAGGUCAAGAAAAUGUACAUGAUUUGGGAGUUCCAAUGAACGAACAAGAGGAUCUCUUUCCGCGGAAUGCAUUUGAUCCUAGAAAUGAUGAAUAUUGGAGUGGAUUGCUGAGUUAUAACGGAGGGAAUUUUGAAGAUGUGUUUCCUGAUCAAGAAUUCAUAAUGCAAGAGAACCGCAACGAUUACAGGCCAAAGAUAUCUUUGUCAGGGAUCAUUGUUGAUUAUAGCAGUGAUAGUGAUAGCUAUGCUGAAUCAAUGUCUGCAACGGUAAAGCACAUAUCACUCAUUUUCCUAAUGACUUCCAUGGAGUAUUAAUCUGUAUUUUCAGUAUUUAAUUCUAAUAUGACAGAGUUACAAAGGAACAUCAAGUCCAAUUGAUACUGUUGGUAGUUCAAAUAGGCACUUCCUCAAGACUUGCGGAGACGAGAUUCUAUCGUUGAGCAAAGAUAUACAAAUUUCUGAUGAACCUUCCAUUAGUAGAAAGACCCGGGAAUCUCAACUCGCACAGUGCACAAUAUCAUCGAAACUAGAGUUCUUGAGUUGCUCCUAUGUUGAUUUUGUGUCUAUUUUAUAAUCUCAAACAUAUUUUAGAUCUUAAAGAUGAUGAAUGAUGUAGUUUCCUUUUCAGGUUAAACAAGGAAUGGUGAAGACAGAGAAAAAGGGCUUGUUGAUUACAGAGGAAGCAAUUGAGAGAAAACGAGAGAAUCCACCGUAUAUCUCUCUCAUCAACAUGAUCAUAGGCUUCAUCAUCUUGCUGGCUCUCAUUGGCGACAUCAUAUCAGUUUAUAACUAAACAUAAAUUCUUUUAGCUAAGCACUACAUUAAUUCUUAUCUCUCUGAUCCAAAAAAAUUCUACUGAAUGUUUUGUCAGAGUGUGUAUGAACUAGAGAUGAAACUCAAUUGUUCAUUACCUUUAUAUA